AGUGGGGGGGGUGACUGCCCAGCUGAUGUCAGAUUUUCAAAUGAGCAGGGUCUCCCGGCAGCCAGUACUGACUCCAAUGCAGGGGCUGUCACAGGUCCAGACCACCCCAUUGAGGGGGGGAGUCUGCCUGGGACUCAGUUACUUUCAGCUCCUUUGGGGAGGGCUCUAGCCCAGACUCAGGAUGUCUGCAAUGGGGGAAGGGCAGGAUGUGAGACAGUAACGGUGGGGGAGUGCACAGGGGCUGCAGGCAGAGCAGCUAGGCUCCCCCACUGGCCAGACGAUUGGUAUGCGCCAGGAUCUGAGCAGCUCCUUCUAGCAUCCUUCAUCCUUCAGUUGCUUUGGCUGCUGCGUCAGAUACUCUCAGCUGCAACUCCCUGCAAGGUGGGGCACCCAUCUCAGGCAGAAGGUUUUGGUGCACCCCAGAUCCCACUCCCCAGGACUGACACUGCCUGUGGCCUCAGGAUGAAAGGGGAGACCCCUGUGAACAGCACUAUGAGCAUUGGGCAAGCCCGCAAGAUGGUGGAACAGCUUAAGAUUGAAGCUAGUUUGUGCAGGAUAAAGGUGUCCAAGGCAGCAGCAGACUUGAUGACUUACUGUGAUGCCCACGCCUGUGAGGAUCCCCUCAUCACCCCUGUGCCCACUUCGGAGAACCCUUUCAGGGAGAAGAAAUUCUUCUGUGCCCUCCUCUGAGCUGCCCUGUCCCCUCCUCACAACUCUUCACCUCUCCCACUCCCUGGCCUUUUCUUACUUAGGUCAGGAAUUGUCCUGAGCCCCUGAGGGUCCCCGCAUCUCAUCUCUAGCCCUUGCCCAACCCUGUGAAGUUAUCUGAAGCACAAGGCCUUCUCUCACCUAUUUGCUGACCCCAUUUCCUCGCCCACUCUGGUCGACCCAAAGCUCCCCGUGACUCGGGGCACCUUUAGCUCCUCCCACAGAAGGGCUGUCAGACUCUGCCAGGGUCCCGCCUGCUUCCCUCUGUGACCUGCUCAGACAAUGGAGAGAGGGAUGGAGUGGGUGCCUGCUGUCAGUCUCACCUGGAGCUGCUGGAAGGUAAAGCCAUUUGAAGAAUAAAGUCAUCCAGAGUCUCAGA